CAUCCAUUCAUUUCAGACGAAGGGCCCCAGGCAACAUUAUGUUGCUUUGGUUUAUCCCGGAAUCAUUGGUUAUUGCCUCCCACUUAUGGUACCUUCCAGGCAACCUUCUCGUGUUUUGUCAACGUGGCUCGGCAUCGCUUGAAACAAAGACAUGAAAAUGACAGACACAUCAGUAAUCUUGGCCACUGUAUCCUGGUAUAAUUGUGCUCUAGUUUUCCCGACUGUGGAUAGAGAGAGGCAACUGAUCCCCCCAGGAGGCAAUGAAUGGAACUCAACAUUGCAGGAAUGCAAGCCAGUGUGUGUGUGUGUGUGUGUGUGCACUAGACAGUGUGUGUUUUUGUUUGUGUGCACAUGUCUGUGUUUGAGUGAACAACGGGAGCGAGAUUUGGAAGCCGAUUUCUAGUUCCUAUAGCAACCAUGAUGUAAGCAGAGAGGGGCAACAGCGCCCCAUUUUUCUCUAUCUCUCCCCCCUCACUCUCCCUUUCUCUCCCUCUCCCCCUUGAAAAACAGACAGCCCAGCACACAGGAAACCUGGGUGUGGAAGAUAGGAAAGUCAUUCUCAUUUUUGCUGGAAUAUAAGGCAUUUUUCUUGUAUUUCUUUUAAUUUUUUAAUGUUUUUAAGAUUUGAAAGCUGUUUAGUAACAUGUACGUUUCAAUCUUGGGAGAGAAAGGUCUGCUUGUCAUGUCUGCCAAGAAAAUCAUUUAGUGCCAGAGGCUGUGGCAGUUGGUGUAUGGCUGUUCUCAGAUGAAGUCCCUGUGGAGAGCGCCUUUGUGAACUUUAUUGUUUUUGGAUUUUUUUAAAAAAGGAUAAAACUGGUAAGUCACCUCUAAUGAGGUCUGCCCUUUCACUGUGCUCAGAGACCCCAGAAGCAGCGGCAUGGAGAACCGGCGCUGCCAGCACUCUCAGCAGCCCAAUGGCCAGGCCCAAGAGGCCUCGUCUGGGCCUCAGUCCUCCAUGCCCCAGUCCCCUUUACUGUCUGGAGCCUCCUCCCUCAUCUCCCUUACCCAGACAGAGGAGUUCUUUGACCUGAUAGCCAGUUCCCAGAGCCGCAGACUGGACGACCAAAGAGCCAGUAUAGGGGACCGUCUGGGCAUCAGGAUAGCACAGAACAAUGUGGGACACUUGUGCGAGUCAUGUAGUCCACGCGAACCUAGUGACGAGUUUUUCAACAUGCUCAUAAAGUAUCAGUCCUCCAGAAUCAAUGAUCAGAGGUGCUCUUUGCCACCAGCAGCAGACCCAGAUGAAGACUUCUUCAGCCUAAUUCAGAGAGUGCAAUCCAAACGCAUGGAUGAACAACGGGUUUCUUUUCCUUCUGAUGAAAAUGAUGAAACAGACUUAAAUUAUAAGUCCAAAACCUCUGAGGGCUCAAGCUAGAGACUUUAACACUUCUGAUACGACUUCCACAAAUUAUUCUGCGAACUCUGACCCUCUGGCUGCACAUUUUGCGAGAUCUUCUAAGGCUGGGGUUAGGGAGGCGUGAUAUAGGUUUAUUUUAAUUAUAGGACUAUAUCAUGGUGAAUUGUUUUAUAUUUUUAAAGACAAGUUCCCCUGAGGUGAAUCCAAACCCAACAGAUGUGGUUCAGAGGAAAUGGAAACACUCACCUCUUUGUAUGUUCCAUCAAUUGUUCUUUCACAAAAGUGUUUGUGCAGAGUUUAAGCAAAGCAACACCAUGGAAAAUGAUUAACAUGGUGCUUUCUGAGGAUAAUAUUACUAACUACUUUCACACAACACUGUAUAGAUCAGUGUGACAAACAAUGGCAGCACAUAAUCUCCAAGCACAUGCGUGUUCAUUUAACUCAAGUGGAAAGUGUGUUUCAGAACACAAUGAAUAUGAAUUAAAUGAUUCCCAACAGAUGGGAGCAGCUGUAUUUGGCAUGACACUGAAGUUACAUGGCUCAUGGAUCAGUUCAUUAGGUUGUCUAAUUCUGCUGAUAAGUAAUAUAAAUACCAAUAGUAACAUACUUCUUUCAGAAGAUUUAAGAAAAGCUGAAUCCAUCUUCAGCAUUAAAAAGUGCAUAUUGUUAGUCUGUGAAAAGUGAUAGACUCAUUUUGAGGUGCACUGUUUAACAUGAUGGUUUAUUGUUUCAUUGGAAUAAAAGUGAUGUUUUAGUA